AUGCGGCGCGUGCUCCAGCGCGAAGUCGACGAGCUGCACGCGUUCGCCGCGCGAGGAGGACUCGGACGGGCCACAGCGUCAACAGACGUUGUCGCUGAAGGGCCCGACCAGCUCAUGCACAUCGAGGGCGACGUGCUAGUCCUCCUCCGUGACGCCGGCGACGACAUUCUCGCCUACUGCGAAGGCGAGGUCGGCUGGGUCAAGCGUGCCAAUAUCGUCCUCGACCUGCCUGUCGCGUCGACCAGUGCGGCCCGUGCACCCACACCCCCCUCACCGCACAAACCACUAACGCCCUCGGCGCACGGCAACACCAGUGCCGACGCCGUCGACAGCAUCAACACCGGUAGCAUGGAGUUUGUACCGAGGGCACCUCCGUCAGCGCAAGCGUCCAGCAAGGCGCGCCUACUCGGCGCGUCACUGAAACUGCAAACCGCCGUUCCACACGCGAUACCAACACCACCACGGUCACCUUCUUCCCUCCACCAACAAAAGUCAUGCUCAGUGUGCUACUCGCCCUCCGCAGCAAGCUCGCCGUCGUCAUCGCACACGACGCAUGCGGCGAGCCCCACAGCCCGUACGCCCCGCGCCGCUCUGGCACUUUUGGUACCCAGUCCGACCGAGGCCGCGCAGCCAGUGACACCCGAAGGACCGGCGUUCCGGCUACGCGACAGCGGUCCAAUGCACUCGCCACAGUUUGCGUUCGACGCGACAUUCCUCGACGACAGCUCCUUCCCUUCUCCGGCCUUGGACAUUGACCAGACCUUUUCGGCGCUUCGCAACGGCACAGACAGUGGGCCGAGCCCUGUGCCCCCUCCCAAACAUCCUCUGCGUUCCAACCCUCCAGCAGAAGGAGACGUGGAAGCCUGGACAACGUCCUCCUCCGGUCACGGCGACGCGCAUCGAGUGAUACCUGUUCCUCCUACACCGCGCGACGUGGCUCUGUCCCUCGCCACCCGCAUCAACCCUCCCACGCGCCAGUCGUCGCUCUCGCGUAUCGCACGACAACGGCCACCAUCCCCUCCACACCCAAUCCACCGCUCCGAAUCUACCUCGUCCAUGCUCAGCGACGAGUCAUAUGCCAUCGGGGGCAUCGUCCUGGGUGGGCCCCGGGAAGACCACGACGAAGACGUCCCAUCCUCUACCCCUACUCCAGAACUUGGCGCGGUAUCGCUCUCCGCUCUGGGUGUGUACUCCCCACCGACCCCGACUGCGCCUCUUCCCGCGCCUGCUGAGGCUACCCCAAGGCAACCACCAUUGCGAAUGGCCAGUCUCCGUUCGGUGAACCGUUCCCAGGGCGUUCCAGUGGCGACGGUGAUGAACAACCCUACCAAACGGCACUCGCUGCAAGUGGACACGGGCAUGUUCGACGCUGGAAGUAGGUUGAGUGAGGCGCCAACCGAACCGUCCUUGAUGGAGGAGGAGGUUCCCGAGGAUCAAGGCAACGAGAACAACAAGCCGAAUCCUAUACCCACGGAAGACGAGGACGUUCCUAUCCCUGGGUCUGGGAGACGCGGGCCUCGGACGCGUCCUGGCAUGCUGGUCCUCACUCCUGACCCAGAGGAAGGCUCGACACCCCGGCUAGGCGGAGAAUUACCUCUUACCGCGCGCUCGCUCGAUACGUUUGGCGGACACGACCCACCCCAGUCGGAAGAGAACCUGCGCACCUCGGACUACUUUAGCAUGGCCCGCAGCGUCAGCCAGUACAGCGCGUACAGCCAAGACAGCGUUCCAAUGGUCACCCUCCGCCCUGCGGACUGGAAGGGCGAUGACGAGCUGCUCACUCCAACCGCCGACUCGACCUUUUCUCUUGACGACGACGAGGAGUCGGUCCACGGCAUCACUGGUUUGAUCCUUGGUGACAUUUCUCCUCGUAACUCAAUGGCGCGUAGCUCGACUUUCUCGGAAGACGAACGCUCGCUGCGCUCCCCUUCGCCCUCGACAGCAGCCGACGCUCGCAGCGACUCACACAACUCGCACACUGUUUCCGAUGAGACGGUGCUCGAGACGCCCCAAACUGGUCCUCGGGAAACCUUCUCUGCGGAUGACAGCUCCGAUGACAGUCCUUCCCUACCGUACUUGGUACGCGUCGUGUCCAUCCAGGACGACUCGGGUGUCGUGCAGCCGCUUGUGAUCGACACUCAAGUCGCCACACCGGUUGAACACGAGCAGGCCAUGCUGUCCCCCAUCCCCAAUUCGGCGUCCUCCUUUUCUAUCGUGCACGACUCGCCCAACUCGCCCAACUCGAUCGACUCUCGCAUGUCGGUCGAGUCGCGAGCGGCUGCCAAGGCAAUUGCCCGCGGCGGAUUCUAUGCGCUGGGUCACUCGCCGCAGCUGACCGAGGAACAACAACAAAGCUUGCGUAAGCUCUCGCACUCCAUCAAGGAGUCGUCACCUCCAAGCUCGGCUUCGUCGUCCAUCAAAGAGUCGUCCGUCCUGGGGUCCCCCGCACUGAUUCUUUCGCCGACGGCGCGCGAUUCUUCGUCUCGCAACUCGCCGCUCAGCGCAGGAUCAAGGACGAACUCACCGUUGCAAGACUCGUUCAAGGAGCCGUCGCCGUUGCGCGAGUCGCCUAUGGAUUCGCCGCUGCGUGAGGUGCCACUGGAUUCGCCAUUGAGGCUGCCUCUUGCUGCCCCAGAGACGCUGGCGGUCGAAGUGCCGCAGCCAACACCCUUGCCUAGGCAGUCGUCGUUGCGUGAGGCGCCUUUGAUGGCGAAAGCGACAAUUGACGAUAUGCCGAGCAGCCAGUCGCCUCUGGCCGUUCAGACUGUCGGCACCAACACUGCCAUUGCGCGGGACGCCCAUGGGAACGUUCAGAACGUCGAUACAUCGCAAGGUUCAUCGCGUCUUCCAGCCACCAACGAACGUCUCGACCACCCAAAGUCCCUCGCCGACGACCUCAAGCGCUUCGUGCCCCCUCCCAUUGCAGCUUUCCAAGCUCAGCGUCAUCCUGGUCCUCGUCGCCCACCUGUUGAGGCCACCAGCUCUUCCAACGGACCGUUGAGAAAACCGUCCCUUCCAUCGCGCGCCGUCUCGGCUGACGACAACCAUCGCAUGGUGAUGCUUCCGUCUGCGCUGUAUCAACAACAGCAGCGCAAUGUUACGGACGCCUCAACUGCCUCGGAACCCACCCCCAAGGCGUCAACAUUCAGCACCAACGGCCACGGACUGCAACCUCGUUCUCACUCUACCUCUCACUCUCACCGCCCGCGAGCACAAGCCAACGGCGACCACCGACCUGCACCCCCUCCUCCAUCCUCCAACGACCAUCAACCAUCCUCGAGCAGAGCGCUGCCGAGUCGCGCGCGCUCGAGGUCCUUCUCUGCCACCAUUGCCAAGUCGUUUGGCAAGGGUCGCAAGUCAUUCGACGAACCUCCCCCAUUGCCCGCAUUCCACGCUCCUCCCAAAUCAUCUUUCAGCAGCGAGGGCCCCCGGCGACCAACGCUCGAGUCCCACCCGUCGUCCGAGUCCUUUGCCAGCCGCGGCCAGGCAUCAACCACCUCCUAUGACUCGGGCUCGCUCCACUCAAACUCGGCUCACCAUAUGCACAGCGCCGCCGUCGGCGACUCGAUCAACACUAACUCGUUCACUCGACCCUCGCAUCCGUUCGCACCUGGCAACCACGUCCGCAGCGCGUCCAGCCCUCGCCCCAGCUUUUCUGUUACUCGCAAGGCAUCGUUGCCAAUGACGACCAUGGCAAGCCUCCGUCCGCCCGUGAGUCACCGCGACUUUGCGGACCCCACCGUCAAGACCGAUGGCAUGGAGUUUGAGAUUAUCCAACCAAACAAGCCCCUCGCCUUGUACGGCAACCAGCCGAUCUCAGUCAGCGACCAUGGUCACGGCCCCGCCAUGACUGCUGCGGAAAUGUUCUCGCGCCUGUCGUCGGAUGACGCACCACCCGAGAUGGACGAGUGGGGCUUCCUCAAGUACUGUGCGCCCACGCCACAGAUCUUCCAGUCGCGCCAGUCUCCCGCCGAGGUUCGGGCUGCCGAGCAAAAAUGGCUCACCAUUAUAUCGCAGCCCUUGAGCAAGGGCCAGCUUCCGUCCAAGAAGGUGCGCCGUAUGGUCAUUGAGGGCGGUGUCCCGCCUAGUCUGCGUGGGCGUGUCUGGGCAUGGUUCCAGUCUAGCACCAGCGGUCGUGUUGAGGGCCUGUUUGGAAGUCUUCUCUCCAACGAGGCUGGCGAGUACGACGAGAAGAUUGGCCAGGAUAUCCAGACCGUUUAUUCGGACCAUUCUGCGUUUUACCGCGACGACUCGCCAGCCAAGGCCGACCUGCGUACCAUGCUGCGGGCGUACGUUCACUUUGCCCCCUCGGGUUACCGUACCGACAUUGCCCGCAUUGCUGGAGCCCUUUUGGUCCAUGCGGUGAUGGAGGACGCGUUCUGGCUGCUCGCUGGUCUGUUUGACAAUGUCCUCAAGACGUACUACGUCAAGGACACGACCGGCUUCCGCGUCGACCUGAACGUCUUUGCUGGCAUUCUCGAGGGCAGCGAGCCACGCAUCGCCCAGCUGUUCCGUUCCGUGGGUGUGCAGCCCCAGGACUACCUCCCCCGCUGGUGGAGCGGUCUGUUCAUCCGAAACCUCCCUUGGCCGACCGUACUGCGGAUCAUCGACACGGUUAUUUCAGAGGGCCCACGCUACCUCCUCAUCUCGUCGCUGGCGGUUAUCACCUUGUCGCGUGACCGUCUCGUUGCCUUGCCGCGUGGACGGCGCGAGAUUCUCGACUACCUGCGUGACUUGCCGCAGGACAGUCUGCUGCUUCCCGAUACGUUUAUGCGCGCAUGCGACCAGGUCAAGCUCCGCGACGAGGACCUCAAGAAGCUGCGCGCAAGCGUCAAGGAGCAGAUGCUUAGCUCGCGCUGA